GGGGGGCGGCCCUGGAGUGGGGGCUGUGGCGGUCGGUGCGCGGGGACCUGGCGCGGCGGCUGCGGGACUGACGAGAAACUACUGAACUUCCUGUGGAAGCGAAGUAGAAUUUCAUAAGAACAAAAUGGAUGGAGAAGAGAAAACCUAUGGUGGCUGUGAAGGCCCUGAUGCCAUGUAUGUCAAAUUGAUAUCUUCAGAUGGUCAUGAAUUUAUUGUAAAAAGAGAACAUGCAUUAACAUCAGGAACAAUCAAAGCCAUGUUGAGUGGCCCAGGUCAGUUUGCUGAGAACGAAACGAAUGAAGUCAAUUUUAGAGAGAUCCCUUCACAUGUGCUAUCAAAAGUGUGCAUGUAUUUUACUUACAAGGUUCGCUACACUAACAGCUCCACAGAGAUUCCUGAAUUCCCAAUUGCACCUGAAAUUGCACUGGAACUGCUGAUGGCUGCAAACUUCCUAGAUUGUUAAAUAAAGUAAAUUAUAAUAAACUGUUAACUUUUUUCAGUAUUUAA